AUGGCUUCACCGACUCAUUUCGCCAAUUCCUAUUGGUCAUCCGACUAUAAAACCGCCAUUGACCAACUCCAGAAUGAAUCCACAACUUCUCUCGCACAAUUACAUGAACUUCGGAAGCUAGUAUUCAGCUAUAUAAAUUAUUUCACGGGGAAUUCAGAAUACCUUGACAAAUCCCUGAAUGACUUGUUGCCAAGAUCAAGUCCAUUCCUGGUUAACAAGGCCAGUCCGUCACGUAGACGAGUGGUUAGUGCCCUGGUAGUGGCACUGGAGCUGGUUACUCCACAACCUGAUCUGGUUGAAGAAAUUACCAUGUCUAUGGCGUACAAUAAUUAUAUCAACCAUAUGAAAUUUGAUAGUCAAUUGUUAAUACAAAUGGCUUCAAUCAUAGAUCGGGAUGUUUUAGAAGAAAUCACCCAGUUUUUGAAGUAUGAAGAACCGAAAUUGAAAGGAGAAGUUUCACGAUUACAAGAAGCUUAUAUUGAAUAUUUAACCAGUUUCAACAAGAUUGAGAAAUUGAAACUGAGACAUCAAGAGCAACUUCGAUUAAAAGAAUUUAACGACUCAAGCAUUAAGAUUAGUAUAGAAGAUACUUCCGUCAACGACAGUAUCGCUUCAGAUGACAGUUACACCACUGAAGCAGACUCUAGUAUUAUUGAUCUGACCAAAGCAGCCGACAAUGGUUUUGAUGAAUUUGAAUUCCCAUUGAAGUUGGGUUCAGCUCCGAUUUCAAACCGAGACGAAUUACGUGAUUUGAUGAACCAAUUAAUUAGUAAGGUGCCCACAAUCAAACGUAAGAUUCCAAUCCCCGGAUAUAAACCAGAUAUUUUCAGUAGCGACUCUUUAUGUGGGGUAGUCAGUAAAAUGAGACUUAGAGGGUUGACGCCUUCCCGAAUGAAUUUAGAAAGAUUUGGUCAGAGUUUGUUGGAUAUGGGUUUGAUAGUAACCAGUCAAUUCCUCGCUCUGAAAAAAUUCAAAAGUGAAGGGAUGUGGUUUGAAUGGCUGGAUUUAGCUUAUUUCGUCCGUGAAUACGACGAUGAGGCUACUGAUGUUGAAACUCCAACCCUACAUGCUACUGCCUUGGCUGCAUCCCCUUCCAGUACGAAAUUUCAAAGUGAAGUUGCUGAAACUACUAAAAGAUUAAAUGCCAUGUUUAAUUCGGUUAAAAGUUCAAUCAUGAAGACAAAUCAUGAUGAAAUGUUAAUAGAUAUACAACAAAAGUACGAACAAGAAUAUUUAAGUCUUGAAGAAUUGAAGUUUAGGCUUGAGAAUGGAACUUUGCAAAUCACCCAAUAUUUGCAAGAAUUUGAAAAGAACAAAAUUGAAAUUGUAUACAAGAGUCUAUCAAGAUUACUGGAGAUAUUAAACCGAUUUUCACACAAGCAAGCUGAAACCCUUGAACAUUUCUCGAACGAUUUCAUUAAUCGGAUUAACCGGUCAGCUAAUUACCAACAUGAUUUACAACUCGUGCUUAAGAAAUACUCCACAGGUAUUUAUUUUCCAAGUAAUACCUCGCCUGAGGCACUUGUCAAGAAAUCACCAGGACAAUCUGGCGCUCAUUAUCAAAAUCUAAAGUACCAGUUUAAUUUAUACAAGGAUAUCCCAUUACAAUUGCAAGUUGGGCAAUUGUACCCAGCAUCAUUAUUAAGUAUCACUUCGAUUCCAUACAUCUUAUAUCAAGCCAUCAAAAUAAUAGAAACAGACCAUGAAUCAUGUCGUAAAUACUGGUUAUCCCCAAUUGACUAUCAAUCAGUAUGGGAAAUUAAACAAGAUAUAAUCAUGCUUAUUUCUAAUUUCACCCCAGACUUAAAUGCUGAAAUCUCUAAUGAGAGACUAAUUCAAGGUGAAUUUUUAAAUAAAGUGGUGGAAUAUUUAAAGGGAAAGAGCAUCGAAAAUGUGGUUUGUUUUCUCAAGAGUUGGUUAUUGGAAAUUAGUGAUUCUUGUAUCCCAUUUGUGGUGUAUGAUUCAAUAGCUCAUAUCUAUAGCAAAGAAAACACGGUUGAUGAAUUGUUGAAACAGCUUUCUACUAUUCCCAGAAGUAAUCUUGCUACUUUGGUAUUUGUACUUGAACAUAUUUCACGGGUUUUCGACAUGUCUGUGAUUUCUCAGUAUGAAGUUUCUGAUGAGAUUGAAGAGGGAGAGGAUGAAGCCAACUUAGAAGAAGUUGCUGCUAAAUUGAAUUCAAUGGAUGAGAUAGGUGCUGUUCCUUUUGUACAUCUCAUAAUGAGACCCUCGGUCGUGAAGCAUUCAUCUGGAUUUAAACCGCCUAUUGAAACAUAUGUCAAGUUCCUUCAAGAUUUACUUAAGUUGAAAGUUCGUUCACAUUUGUUAAAGAAACUUAUUGAUAAUGAGCAAACUAUCAAACGUAAGAGGUUAGAAACUGAAAAGAAUGGACUUCUGUUGAAGAGAGUAUCAUUAGUUGUACCUGAAGCAGAACCAACUAUACCAACUACACCAAAGAAGGAAACCACAAAUAUGUCUUUAAGCAUCAAAAGUCCUAGACCUGUUAGUGGGGAAUUUUCCUUGCGUCCGUUUAGAACUAGGGCUACACCACAACCUUCUCCACGAGGAUCCCCUACUCGUUCUCCGGUGAUUAGUAGGGAAUCAAGUCCCGUUAGAUCAGGUAGCGUUUUACUUCCUACAGUCAAGAUUGAAUAG